UAACUGUUAAACGCAAUGCAGAAAUCAGCUCACAACGAAGCCGCUGCUGGCAACAAGAAUGGUCGACGCAGGCGGAAUGUAAGUGUGCCUGGUGAUUGUCCUUCACCUAAGGUUCAUCCUCAAAAGGGUUAUAAUUCGUUGUUCCGACUAAAUGCAAUGCAGAAAUCAGGUCGUAACGGAGCAACUGCUGAUGACGGAGACAGGCUUAGCAAUCUGCCUAAUGACCUUCUGCUCAACAUUUUGGAGAGGGUGGACACACUCGAUGCUAUAAGGACCUGCAUCCUCUCCAGGCAAAUGCUGAAGCUCCCCACCAUGCUCUCGCGCUUCUACCUAAGUGUUAGUUCCAUUCCAGGUCACCAUCAGAAACCACCUCGCGUUUUCACCCAAAGGGAAGGGCUUGCAACCAACUGUGCCGUGGCUCAUGUAACUGAUAACAUCUUGCGCACAAGGAGCCCGAAGAUCACCAUUACUAAACUCAAAAUCAGAUUCGUCUUGGUGAAACUUGACUCUCUCACCAUUGCCAAAUCGGUUGCCCACGCCAUGGCAACCCAGAAGGUUGAUGCUGCUGAGUUCGAGAUUGUAACGGAGAAGCGUUAUAACCUGUGCUCCUCUGCUGAUCUCCUCCGCUUUGCGAAUCAGUUCAAUGAUUUAUUUGGUGCUUGUCCGCAUGCAUUUGCUGGCCUUACGCGCCUGUGGCUGGAAAAUAUGAGGUUUGGUAAACUGGACAUUCCCAAUAUCCUCAGCACUUGCAAGCUCUUGGAGUAUUUGCGUUUAACCGAUUGUGACUCAGGAAUCCAUUCUGUGCUGCAAGUAGAACACACCCAACUUGUUGAGCUCGAGAUCGAUCAUGGGAAAUUUCAGAGAGUUGAGCUGAUAUGUCUACCAAAACUCCAACGGUUGACCUAUAAUAAUUGGUUCUCUUAUGAGGAUCCAAUGUAUUUUGGUUUUCUACCACAGCUUUCAAAGCUGAGCCUUAUUAAAACUGCCAUCCGUUUGGACAAGAGUCUCGAAUUAAGUCAGCUCCUUGCCAACGUUCCUUCCGUAGGUGAUCUGCAUCUGGAUUUUAGAAGUGAAAAGAUCUGGGUUCUACCAGAAUGCCCGAAACUGCUCACGCCUAUGCUCAGCAAUCUACAACAUGUGAAUCUAGACAAUCUCCCUGAAGGGUGUGAUUUAGCUUGGACAAUGUUUAUUCUUGAAGCUGCACCCUCCCUAAACGAGCUGUGCAUCACAGUAUGGGAUCAUCGGUGCACAAUGAUGACAAACAAAGAGUUUCGGAAGAAAUAUGGUUACUGCGAAAAGGCAGACGUGAAGUGGAAGCCAUAUGCCCUGGAUUUCAAGCACAAGAAUCUGGCUAAGCUCACCAUCUAUGGCUUUCAAACCGAUGACAAUUUUAUGCGAGACAUCACGUGUGUCGUGGAACAUGCGAUUAAUAUAACAGAGAUAUCUCUAUAUGACAGGAAGGUGUGUGGGCACUGUGGUGACUUGGAUCCUGUGAUCAAGAACAUGAUUUGUCCUUCAAGAUAUCCAGAGACAGACGAGGAGAGGAAGCAGAUAACCGAGGGGUUGGGUUUGGCUUCUCGUGCUGUGGUUCACUUCCGGUCCUAAUUGAAAAUGAUUUGC